AUGGCAAGGAUGCCCAAUCGGGUCCCCACUGGCGUCUCGAAUCUCUCGUAUUCGGUGCUGUCCAAUGUUGGUCUGGUUGACGCUGGUACAGAGGCAAUUUGCCGAUCUGUCUAUGGUGCUUCCGAAUAUCAGCGUUUGGUCAGUGAGUAUGAGAGAGUUGACAUUGUUAGUCAGGAGCGUUUGUUUGAGGACUAUUCGAAGGUUUGGGGCGAUACUGUCACCAAGAGAAUUCCUUCUGAUCCUCUAUCGCGCUUUGCAUUCCAUCUUUUGGAAGAGUCGAUGACUGGCAUUAGAGACUUGUGGGUUCGUGAUUUUUCACGAGUUCUUGCGCCGAGUUCUGUGGGCGGAUUGGUCAAAUCAUCAUCUGCUGGGUAUUAUUACUCAGUGCUUGGCCGACGUCCUGGGAUUUUGACAAAGAAGAACACACCAUGGGUCGUCAAGGACCUCAAUGACCACAUCGGUAAAAUUGCAUCUGAGUGGGGAGCAUUGCCUGACAAGAAGGUCAAGGUUUAUGAAGUCUCCAAUCCACGUCUUUACAGCAUGCUUAGAAGUCGAGCUGCCGUUGCCAAAGCUGGACAUGCUAAAGCUCGGACAGUCUACGACGUUGCAUAUGCUGCAAAUGUGAUUUCAGGUGCUAUUUGUGGUGAUCUCCUGGAGAAGAAGAUUGCUAUUCCAACCUUUAGUAUGGCUGGUAUUGAUCCGGUCAUGAGCUGGAAUUCACUUCGUGCGGUGUUUAACAAUCCGCAUGUUGUGAGUCUUGACAGAAUUGGAAGGGACAGAAGUUUGCAACAUUGGUGGUGCAGCUAUACGUCCAAAGUUCUGUCGGAGAAGCUAAUUGGUUCACACAACAGCGAUAUUCCAGUUGAACGAGUCAAAUCCUUGAUGAAUAGAUUGUACCGACUUCCUGUGAUUGAACCUGACGGGCAGGUCGUGUACAUGAGAAGCAGAGGCGUUCCAAGUGGACUGUUUCAUCUGGUUCAAGCAGCGGAGGACAUGGCCACACAAUGGUGCACAUUACGCGCUGAGGUGGAGUUCUUUGCUCGGCAGGGUGAGUGGUGUCCCGAAUCUUUCGGAACACUGGCAGACGACUCCACAGAAGGUGGAGGCUGGAACGAUUUAUCUGCUUAUUUUGAUACAAGACGCUUUGCAUCAGAUCUGGCAGGCCUAGAACUUGAUUUUGACAAGCAAUGCGAGUCGGUAAAGAGCAUUCUCCGGGAGAAGAUGGACAAUGUGAUUCAAUCUUUGACCGACGACGAUGCCAAAAAGGAGCUGUCCAAGGAGCAACUGCAUCAAAUCCGGAGCUUGGCCCAGGCGAUUCAGCAGCGCCCCACCACAGAAGAAUUGGAUCAUCGGCUCACCUCGUUGCUUGAAGGUAUGCAGGACAACCUCCAGCAGUCGCAAACCAAACAGCAGGAACUGCUCCUCCCACCGGUAGAUUUCAAGCGCGAGAUCUCCGAUGCAGUGGAGGCUGCUGCAGAGCAGAUGGUUGACAAAAACUCCAUCGAAUUGCUGCUGCGGGAACAGCUGCAACGCUAUAAGAAAGACUUGCAGAGCACUGUGGAGGCGACGCUGAAUGAUCAGCAUUCCAAAGACAAAAAGGACUUGGAAAGCUCGUUGGGAGAGAUCCAGAAGCAGCAGGAGGCUUUCCUCGCUCAACUACAGGAGCAGCAACACCGACCCGAAAUGCUUCAAGCGCUCGAGGAUCAUUUGCAAAGCUCCUUCGCCCAAGUGCUGAGUGAGAUACGAUCACAGCAAAGCGGUGACCUGACACCCAUCUUGACGGGCUUGCGGGAAACGCAGGAACUGACCCAGGACCCACUUUUGGUUUUUCGCCUGCGUGGGUCCAUGGCACUUCGGCCUAUUGAUUGGACUUCCUGGAAGGGUGCGGCGAAGCUGUGGCUCACCACCCAUCCAGGGUUCAAUCAUAGGGAGGUCACGCGCGAGCAGCGGCUGGAGAGCUUCGAGCUGCGCGCGGCCUUUGCGGUGGCGACUGCGGCUGCCCAUCGCGAGGACAGAGGCCUGGGAGCCCUGCCUUGCGAUAGGUGCGGCGUGUGGACGCACUGCUGGUGCGAAGCUUGCCAGCGGCCUGCGACGGCUAUCUGCACUGUGUGCGAUGCCGCGGAGGCGAUCUGCCACGCCUGUGAGCGUGCCGGCAAGUCCUGGCGAAGCGCCCGAGCGGCGUACGAAGCGGCGACGCCGCAGGAAGAGGAGAUCGUCGAGAUCUCCGGGUUCCAUGAUGCAGCGGGAGUCUUCCAGACCAUUGACCCCCCGCUCCGGAUCCCCCUCAGGGAGGUCCUCUCGGCCGAUGGCGAGCCGGACGCGGCCGCCAUCACCCGCCGUGCCGCCGCGCACGGCCAAAGAGGAGUGGAGACGGCGGCAGAUGUAGUAGGGUUGUACCCCAAUGUGGACCUGUUCAUGGAUGCCCUGCAUGCCGUGAUGGGGACACGUGUGGAUGCCGACCUUAGCAUGGAUGUGGCGUGCACUUAUGCUCGGGUUCAUGGGCUGGCCCGUAAGACAAAGAAGCACGCAGUUGAGCUCGUAGUAGCCGAGCGGCAGUCUGUGUACCCCUCGGGUGCUGCUGAGCGCGGUGGAAGCCGUGAAGCGGCCGCUAGCAGCCGCGGAAUGAAGCCCCUGGUGGGCCUUGGGACAGGCUCGGCUGGAUCCACUGUGGUGUCUGGGCCUGGUCCUGCACCGGCCAGCACCAAAGCAGACGUAGCCAAGCAGACUAAGUUGGACCUCCUUUUCCACCUGCUGGUUGACUACGUUUUAGACUUGCAGGAGCUGGGCAUCGAUACUGCCCUCCUGGCUGACCCGCUGGGUCGCACAAAGGUCCGUGAGACUGUGCUCCACGGGGCCCAGAGAUUGUCGACCCAGAGGCUUGGUGCUUUGAUCAGCAGCUUCAAGAGGUGGAUGAAGUUUUGUGAGGAGAGGCAGUGGGCGCCUAACGCACCGAAGCCGUUCCAGUUGGCCACUUACCUGCACUGUGUCAGUCAGGGGGGGCCCACAGCGGCAUCGUCGAUGCAUGCAGCCUUGAAGUGGUUCGCAGACCAGGCUGGUGCGGCACUGGAUCUGUCGCACCCCAUGGUGGCCCCUUACCGCUUCCACGCUGUGACCCACACAGCGAGGCAGGCCCCGGAGCUUCAGCCCUGGGAGCUGAUCAACUUGGUUUGCCUCUUCGGCCGUGCCAAGGGCAACCAUAAGCUCCUGUUGGCCUGGGUGGUGAUGGCGGCGAUCUCUUGCGUUCGCUGGGAACACCUGCAGCGCUCGAGUUUCGUGGCUGGCCACACCAAGUGGAUUGAAUUCCACUGCCAGCAAGGCAAAGCUCGGAAGAAGGGAGCCAGGCCAGCGUAUGGAUGGGCUCUACCAGAAUGGUGCUGGGAAGGCCAUGGUGUUGGCCGCAUCCUCGAGGAUUUUUACCGGCAUGAAGUGCUGGCCACGGCGGGUUUCCUGGUACCAGCAUUGCAGCUGGCUGCGGACAACCUCUGGGAAGUCACAGAGACUACCCCGCUGGUCCUUGGAAAGCCGGGGCGUUUCCUGCCUACGCUGGGUAAUGUGCUGGAGAUUUCCGAUGUGGAUGCGCAAGCGGUGGGAAACUGGACUGAGGUCCCACAGGGAGGUGGCCUCACUGCACCGAGACCCAAGGCUGCCAUGACGAUGGGCCGCCACUACGGGGGCCAUAAGGUGCUGCGCUCGGCGGUGGUCAAGGUGCGCCUCCUGGAGCGCUUCCUGGAGCUGUGGAAGUUGCAACGGCAGCAUGUGUCCCUCACUGCCGAGGGCCUGCUGCCUGUUGACUCCUGGCGUUGGCCUGACUUGCAGGCGUUGCACCGGCAGACUCCUUGGUCAGCAGCCGAUCCAGACCUGUCCGCUGCUAUCACGGAUGCGGCGGCCCCGGCGCCUGAGCAACCAGGUGAGGAGCAGCCGGACGACCAGGCCGCUACCCUUGAGGAGCCGGCAGGGGAGCCAGAGGCGGCAUCAGGUGCCUCAGGCGAUGACAGCAGCUCGGCCUCUGACAUCUCCGCCGAUGCGGAUGACCUGGUGGGCAUUUUGCCGGACCCUACAGCAGCAGCUGAAAUCAAGUGGUUUCGCCAGGGCACCAAGACGCACCUGGUGAGCGACACAUCGGAGAGUGACCGGCUGAUCCCGUAUUGCCGAGACAAGCCGUUUGACCAGGAUCCUGCCCGACGGGGCGAGGGCUUCGUGCGUGGGGGGCUUGAGUGCAUCUGCAAGCGAUGUCUCAGCCGUAUGCCACGGGGGCUCUACCUGAGUCUGGCGGAGCACUGCGGCUGGUCCUCCUGA